UGUUCGAAAGUGACUUUCUAAAAAAAACAUGAUUUUCACGUGUAUAAACUAACAAUUAUUGUAUAUUUCAUUACUAAGUUGUUUUCAAAGGAUGUGUGAUUGUUGCACGGCAAAAUGGUAGUCACAGAGGAUAAAACAUUUGAUAUAUUCGUAGCUAGUAAGAUAGGUUCUUUUAAACAUAUUAAAUACUACACAGAUGUGUCAAAAAAUAGUAAAAAAUGUAUAGAAAAUCUAGUUGAAAUAAAGAGUUUACAGAAAGAUGACGCCAUAACGUCUAUGGUGUGGGGGAAUGAGGAACAAACUGAAAUAUUAAUAGGCAAGAAAAAUCAGCAGAUUCAAGUCUACAACACGCUCCAAGGUUUCACGAAAACGUACACAGCCGAUUUCGGUACGGGCGAUAUAGUUGGUCUCGGUAAACACAAGAGGCGACUGCUGGCAGCGCUGUCCAGUGGCACAGUGCAAAUAUGGAGCAAGAAGGAGAAUGUGGUUGUGAAUACUGGCGGCAAGUUGGAUAAAAUGAAAGUUUAUGAACAGGACACUACUCUGUUUGCUACCGGUGGUGAAGAGAACGAGUUAAAAGUGUGGCGUAUUGGUGAACCGGCGCCCAUAUUUACAGCUAAGAACUUGCCACAUGACUGGCUCCAGCUCAGGAAACCAGUGUGGGUGUCCGAUCUCACAUUCUUGGCUCCAGAGUUGUUGGCUGUCUGCUCGAGACACGGUUACGUCAGACUGUACGAUACAAGAGCACAAAGACGACCCGUGUGCAAUGUGGAGUUUGAGUCGAUGGCUGCGACUUGCAUGGCACCUGGGUUCGAUGAUCAUCACGUUCUGGUAGGCUUCGGUCGUGGUCAGCUCCAGCAAGUAGACCUUCGGAGAGGAAAACCGGACAAGGGAUACAAGGGGGCAGUAGGUGCGGUUACCAGUGUUGUGGGGGUGGGGGGUAAAGUGGUCAGCGUUAGCCUCGACCGGCAUCUCAGGGUCCACAGGGCUGAUAGCAAGGAGAUGAUAUACAAGCAAUAUUUAACAUCAAAGCUGACAGGAGUGCUAGUCCAGACCGCGACCUCUACGCCUCUUAAGAGAGGUGACCCAGAGGUCAAGGAAGAGGACGAGGUGGUCGAGGAGGUCGAGGUCAAAGAAGAGGAUAUGGAUGACCUCUUUGAUAAUAUGGAAACUGUUGGUGAUAAACCACGAAAGAAACGUAAAGAAGAUGCAGAAGCGACAGAAGCUAAGAAGAUGAAGCCGUCCACAGAGGGCAGCACCGUUGAAAUAGAAAACGAAGACCCAGAAGAGAAGAUCGUGAAACUUCUCAAGAGCACGGAGAAGCAAAAGAAGAAAAUGGAGAAGAAGAAGCGGGAGAAGAAGGCGAAGAGCGUUUUUCAUAAUGCUUAAAAUAAAUUAUGUUUAUGAAA